ACUAGAAGUGACCCAGGCUGUUCAAUGGGUUUUCACAAAGACUCACGGAGCUCAAGUGAAUUUGAGUCCGAGCUUAGCCUGAGUGAGAUAAAAGAGCAUUGGAGACUCAUGUCUGAUGUCGGAACUUUCAAGAAAGCCAGUUGGGAAGGCAGAGAUGGUGAGUCUUGGAGCCUUUUGAAGACCUUAAAGAAAUAUUUUGGAAGGAAAUCUAAGAAGGCUGGGAGCAGAAGCAAAGGACCACCUCUAUAUACCCUGACAUCACAGAUCCAGAAGACUAGAAGUGACCCAGGCUGUUCAGUGGGUUUUCACAGAGAUUCAUGGAGCUCUACUGGAGGGAGGAAAGAGCUUAGACUGACUAAGCCUGGAGAGCCUUGGUCUCCAGAAUCUGGUACCAGGACUUUCACAGAAGACAGAAUGGAAGGACCACCUCUAUCUACCCUGAUAUCAGAGUACCUGAACCCUUCAAGUGACUCAGGAUGUUCAGUUGAUUUUCAUCCGUCAUCAUGCAGCUCUAGUGAAGAGGGGUCAGGGGUUAGUCUGACUAAGACUGAAGAGCAUUGGAGCCUGGUCCCUGGUAUCCAGACUUCCACAGAAGACAGAAUGGAAGGGGCCUUUCCAGAAACAUAUGACAAGCGAGAAAGAAAACAUCUUUACUCCACACUGUCCUUGACAAGGAAGAAUUGGUUCCAAAAUUUCACACAGCUACUGCUCCUACAAAAUUCUUGCCCAAGAGGCUGGGAGACCUUGGUCAGGAAAAGCUGGCAUCAAUAUGGACCAGAGGAGAAAGGACGUCUGAUUGAGAUCCAAGACAUAUUUGCCCCAAACCCAGAUAUACAAAAGAAACCUCAGCUUGUCAUAUUAUAUGGGGCUGCUGGGACUGGGAAGUCAACGCUGGCCAGGCAUGUGAGCAGAGCCUGGAGGCGAGGCCAGCUCUACAGGGAUCGCUUCCAGCAAGUCUUCUUCUUCAGCUGCAGGGAGCUGGCCCAGUGCCAGCAGCUGAGUCUAGCAGAGCUCAUAGCACAAGGCCAGACUGUGCCCACAGCUCCCAUCAGGCAGAUCCUGUCUCGGCCUGAGAAACUGCUCUUCAUCCUGGAUGGCAUAGAUGAGCCAGCAUGGGUCUUGGAGGGGCAGAAUCCUGAGCCGUGUCUGCACUGGAGUCAGACACAGCCAGUACACACACUACUGGGCAGUUUGCUGGGUAAAUCCAUCCUCCCGGGGGCUUCCUUCCUGCUCACAGCUCGGACCACAGUUCUCCAGAGGCUCAUUCCUUCCUUGGGGCAGCCACGUUGGGUGGAAGUCCUGGGCUUCUCUGAGACAGGACGGAAGGAAUAUUUCUACAACUAUUUUCCUGAGAAAAGAAAAGCAAUCGAAGCUUUUAGUUUAGUUGAAUCAGACCCAGUGCUCUCGACCCUGUGUCUGGUUCCCUGGGUGUGCUGGCUGGUCUGUACUUGCCUGUCACAGCAGAUGGAGCAGGGAGGACACCUCUCCCUGAUUUCACACACCACCACCACUCUCUGCCUGAAAUACCUUUCCCAGUCAAUCCAAGGUCAGCACCUGGAGACCCAGCUCAGGGCUCUCUGCUCAGUGGCUGCUGAGGGGAUCUGCAGAAGAAGGAGCCUGUUCAAUGAAAGCAACCUCCGUAAGCAAGGGUUAGCUCAGGCUGACAUUGCCACUUUCCUGAAGAUCGGUGUCCUUCAACAGCAGCUUGGCUCUCUGAGCUGCAGCUUUGCCCACUUGUGUCUCCAGGAGUUCUUUGCAGCGAUGGCCUGUGUCUUGGGGGAUACUGUGAAAAGAUGUGGUGACAUAGAAAAGGACAGAAUCAUGGAAAAUCUGAAACGAAGGUACAAGAGGCAUGAGCUGUUUGAGGCACCCAUUACACACUUCUUAUUUGGACUCUCAAGUGAAGAAGGAUUGAGAGAAAUGGAGAGGAUCUUUGCCUGCACACUGCCCCGGAAGCCAAAGUUGACACUGGUGUCUGACAUCCUCGGGAAAACCCUACCCCCUCAACUGCAUUCUCAGGGUUUGUUCCACUGUCUGUUUGAGCAUCAGGAGGAGGAACUCCUGAAAAGGGUGAUGCAUGAUCUUGAAGAAGGAAGUGUUCAAGUCCUAAUGGAGCUGAAGGAACCAGUAUUUCAAGCAAAUAUUGUAUAUCUGGUGGUGAGGUCAGAGGUGGAGCUCAUGGUGGUCACAUUCUGCAUUAGGUUCUGCUGCUGUGUGAGAAGCCUUCAGCUCUGUGAGGGUGAACCGAGGACACAAGCACUGCCCGUUCCCAGGAUGGUUCUAUCCAGGUGUACUCCUAUUACUGACACCAGCUGGAAGAUUCUCUUCUUCAAUCUUAAAUUCACUAGGAACCUGGAGGAGCUGGACCUCAGUGGAAAUCCCCUGAGCCACUCUGCAGUGCACCAUCUUUGUAGAACCCUGAGACACCCUGAUUGCCAACUAAAGACCUUGUGGCUUGUCGACUGUUGCCUCACAUCCAGGGAAUGCACAGACCUGGCCUUAGUGCUUGGGGCCUGCUCCAGCCUGGUUGAGCUGGACCUGCAGCUGAAUGACCUGGGCAACUAUGGCGUGAGGCUGCUGUGUAAGGCUCUCAGGAAUCCUGCCUGCACCCUCAGCAUCCUGAGGCUGGACCAGACCUCUCUCAGUGACCAGGUGAUUAUGGAGCUCCAGGCCCUGGAGACCGAGAAACCGCAGCUGCUCAUCUCCAGCACACAGAAGCCACGUGUGAUGGUCCCUAAGAACACUGAUGGAGAAGAAAUGUGUGGUACCCUGACCUCAUUCAAGCAGCAGAUACCACACUCAGAGGAGGGGUCCUCCCAACCUGCACCCCUUGAGCUCCUCCGCUCAUCUCCUCCUUCCUCUCCGGGAGACAAGCCGGGGACUCUGGGGACUGAUGAUGACUUCUGGGGCCCUGCAGGACCCGUGGCUACUGAGGUGGUUGACAGAGAGAGGGGCCUGUACCGAGUUCACCUGCCCAUGGCUGGUGCCUACCACUGUCCCAACACAGGACUCCACUUUGUGGUGACAAGGGCAGUGACAAUCGAGAUUGCAUUCUGUGCCUGGAGCCAGUUCCUGGACAGGACUCCCUUGCAGCACAGUCACAUGGUGGCCGGGCCUCUGUUUGACAUCAAGGCUGAGCAGGGAGCUGUGACUGCUGUGUUCCUCCCUCAUUUUGUGGCUCUCCAAGAGGGACAGGUGGACAUCUCCUUGUUCCAUGUGGCCCACUUUCAAGAACACGGGAUGAUCCUAGAAACUCCAGCCAGUGUGGAGCAGCACUACACAGUCCUGGAAAACCCAAGCUUCUCCCCAAUGGGUGUUCUACUGAGAAUGAUCCCUGCUUUAGGACACUUCAUCCCCAUCACUUCCAUCACACUGAUCUACUAUCACCUCCAUCUCGAGGACGCCACGCUUCACCUCUACCUGAUCCCCAAUGACUGCACCAUUCGAAAGGCCAUUGAUGAUGAAGAAAUGAAGUUCCAGUUUGUGCGAAUAAACAAGCCACCCCCCGUAGAAUCUCUCUACAUCGGGUCCCGCUACAUCGUGUCUGGGUCUGAGGGGCUGGAAAUCAUCCCAAAGGAACUGGAGCUGUGCUACCGGAGCCCUGGGGAAUCCCAGCUCUUCUCUGAGAUCUACAUUGGGCACAUGGGUUCAGGGAUUAGGCUGCAAAUCAAAGACAAGAAACAUAUGAAUCUCAUGUGGGAGGCCUUGCUGAAACCAGGGGACCUCAGACCUGCCCUGCCCAGGACUGCUCCAGCCCCCAGAGAUGCUCCUGUCUUGCUGCACUUUGUGGACCAGCAUCGGGAGCAGCUGGUGGCUCGUGUGACAUCAGUGGACCCUGUCUUGGACAAGCUGCAUCGUCUGGUGCUGAGUGAGGAGGAGUAUGAGGCCGUGCGGGCUGAAGCCACCAGGCCAGACAAGAUGCGGAAGCUCUUCAGCCUCAGCCGCUCCUGGAGCAGGGACAGCAAAGACCAACUCUACCAGGCUCUGAAGGAAAUCCAUCCUUACCUGAUCAUGGACCUCCUUGAGAACUCAGGCAGGGUCUCUGUGGGAUCCUGAUAUCUAUAGUGGCUGAGGGGUCAGCACCUGCUUAGGGUCCUGACUCUCCCUGACCCUCCUCUGGCUCUCAGUUUCUCCAUCUACACCCACUGGCCAUCUGAGUUGCCCUUAUGACAGCACUGUAUCCAGGACACCUCUUGGGAACUCAGAGGUCUCCUCUUGGCCUUCCCCAGCCAGAUGUUCAUGCAGAUUGAGCAUCUCAGAAAACACCCAGUGGAGCCUGCAAGUCUAUACAGGCCUUGUCCAGCUCCUAUGGUCAGAGUGACCAGCCACGAGCCACCCUGACCCACCAUGAUACAAGCAGGACUGGAAACAAAGAGAUGCUACUUUUCCCUGGAAAGUGACUGUCUUGGGAAUGGGAAAGGAAGGGGCUCUUUACACUCGGUGCUCAGAAACACAGGUGUAGGGAAGUCACAUGACACAACAUGGCGCUCACAGCACAGACACCGCAGACUAGUGUGCACUGUGAAGUGACCCUGAGCAGUCGCACAUGCACAAACCUUUGUUCUUGUCAAGGUCUUGACACCUUUAGCUGCAUCUGCCCAUUGGAGGUGUGAGUCACAGCUUAGGAGCCUGAUGUGCAAUGCUCCUUCUACACGUAAUAGUCUGAGCUUCUUAACGCCUAUAAAAGGGAAUAUAACUCUACAAAAUUUGAUUUCAUGUAUAAAAACAAGGUCACAUUUCUUUCUUGUCUCCUGCUGGAAGGCAAGGUCCUGGAGUCUGUAGGUAGCCCGUGCCUCCUUAACUGAUGUGGUUGGGAUGUUCUAGAACAAGCUGUGACAGGACAGACUUUCUGUGUCAACAGCAAAUCUACACUGAAACCAUCUCUGUAGCCAAGGUUCUGAACUUGGCUUCUCCAGACAAGUCACCUGGAGAAUGGCCAAGAGGUUUGCUGAUAAUGAGUCAGAUAAUGGCACAAUCCCAGGGAAAACAUGUAGUUAACAGAAUAUCUUGGUAUAUUCUGUUAAAUAAUCUGUUAAAUUAUUACUUAAAAUAAUAUCAUUUUAAGAAGUGUUGUUGUUCUUUUUCGUGCGUGGUGUCUCCAGACGCAAUCUGCAGCCCGCAUAGCUGUUGGCAUUGUAAUACAAGCACACGGGGUGGAGCCAGCAACAGACUCCUGAACCUGCAGCAAGUUUCAAAUCUUUCAGUAAAUCCAAUAGGGACAAUAAGUACUUAGAAAUAGAGACUUUACAUAUUGGGAGAAACACACUUUAUACAAUAAACAUUGUCAGGUUUACACUUUUUGUGUGAAUAAUAAUUUAAAAAUUAUAACAAUAAAGUUGCUGAGGAAAAGCUUCUUUUUGUCUGGAAAUUCCCAUUAAUUAAGGCUGUAUUGUGUCAAAUUACCAGCUGUUGUGUCAAGUCACUAAGCAUAGCGGUCAAUAAAAUGUGU